AUGAAACUUACACAGACCAAGAACACUUCUUUCGCCGAUGACAGCUUCCCCGUUGGUCAAUUCCUCAUUCUAGCAAUAUGUCGUCUAGCCGAACCCAUUGCCAUUACGGCCAUCUUUCCUUAUGCCUGGCUCAUGGUCAAGGAUUUUGGAAUGGAUGAUGCAUCCUUCUACGCGGGCGUCCUCAUUGCGUGCUUUUCCCUCUCCGAAGCCCUCACCAGCAUGAUGUGGGGAGGUCUUUCAGACCGAAUCGGACGAAAACCCGUCCUGCUCCUCGGCUGCUUGGGCACGAUGCUGUCUCUCCUUGUCGUGGGAUUCUCCACCAACUUUGCGAUGGCUUUGGUGGGACGAAUUCUCGGUGGUGUUCUCAAUGGAAACAUUGGUGUCAUCCAGACAAUGGUGGGCGAGCUGGUCACGAAACCUGAGUAUGAACCCAAGGCAUACUCCAUCAUGCCUUUUGUUUGGUCGAUUGGAACCAUCGUCGGUCCGGUUAUUGGUGGUAUGCUGGCCAACCCCGCAAAGUCUUACCCAGAUAUCUUUUCUCCUGAUGGCUUCUUCGGUCAAUUUCCUUGGCUCCUCCCCAACCUCGUUUGUGCUAUCAUGAUGCUGGUCAGCAUUCUCGCUGGCUUUCUCUGGCUGGAUGAGACCCAUCCCGACCUCCGACCGGGGGCCAGCCCCGACGUCUACCACGAUAUUGCCGAACAGACACCGAUGAUCACAGCGGCCGGGGCGACAGCCGACCCGGGCAUCGAUCUCCGACAAGAAUCCUAUGGGACAUUCAAUGAGGUCGACUUCCACAAGAACGAACAGUGGGAGCUCAAUGCCGACGGAACCUCUCGCCCGCCCUCCAUCUCCGAGAAGAUGCCUCAAAAAUGGUUCACCCAAAAGAUUGCCAUGUUGACCAUUGCUCUCGGUAUUUACACCUAUCAUUCAAUGUGUUAUGACCACCUCCUCCCCAUCUUCUUCCAGGAUCGAUCCAUCGACGACGUCUCCAUGUUCGCCGCAAGUCCUAUCCACAUCCCGGGCGGCCUUGGGCUGUCCACCAAAGCCGUCGGUUUAGUCAUGGCCAUCAAUGGCGUUAUUGCACUUUUCAUUCAAGCCGUCAUUUUUCCGUUUGCUGCUGAGCGUCUCGGUAUUUGGCGAGUUUUUGUUCUUGUCACAAUUUUGCAUCCCGUGGCAUAUUUCAUUGUGCCUUACCUCGCUUUCCUCCCUCCACACCUCCUUUAUCCCGGCAUUUACACCUGCCUUGCGAUCCGAAAUCUUCUUUCCAUCCUCGAUUAUCCCGUUCUUUUGAUUCUUCUUAAGCAAGCGAGCCCUUCACUUUCGGUCCUUGGUCGAAUUAACGGUCUUGCAGCUUCAGCAGGUGCAGCUUGUAGAACAGUUGCCCCCCCGGUUGCGGGAUUGCUUUAUGGAUGGGGCGCACAAAUGGGGUUUACGGGUCUUGCUUGGUGGGGAGCUGGAGCGGUUGCUCUCAUUGGGGUUGUUCAAUUGUGGUUCGUCCCCCGGGAAACGAAUGAAUCGACUACGGUGAAGUCAAUCCUGCCUUGUUUGGAGAACUCGGCUGAAGACAGGCCGGAUGAUGUUGUUGACAUUACCGUGGUCGACCUAGAGCAAGGGGGCUGA